UAUCGUGUCGAGCAGCCAUUCGUAUCAUGACAGUAACUCUUCUUGCCGAAGCUCCUCCUCUCGACGAUCUCGCCGUCCGUUACACCGAACAUAACACGGUAUUAGAUAUCACACCACCACUGGUUGGUCUGUCGGAGGGUAUCUCUGGAACUUUGUUCGUUUGCGAAAGUCAAUUAUAUUUCUAUUCGGAGGAUCAAAAGUCAGGCAUUGCGGUAGAAUAUCCUGAUAUCAUUAUUCACGCCAUUUCGCGCCAAAGCAACCAGCCUUGCAUUUAUGCUCAACUGGAUCAAGGCAUUUUCUUUCCCAACCAGCAAUUACCCGAGAACGAAGAAGAACGUCAAGAGACUGUGACCGAGAUUCGAUUUAUUCCUCAAGAUUCCGGCGCUUUGGAAGCGAUCUACAUGGCCUUGUCUGAUUGCGCUGCUUUGCAUCCCGAUGAAGAGUUCAUGGCUGAGCAGGAAGCGUACGACGACGAGUUUUUCGCCGAUCCCAGCGACGAAGCUGAGCUUAAUGAAGUCCAGCAAGCAGCACUGCGUCACCUGGAAAGCGUUUUUGAACAACCUACUCGCAACGGUGUCGCCCCUCACGAAAACUCUCAAUUUGACAACGCCAUGGACGAAGAUCAACACCAAUAAAGAACGGGAUUACGCUCAGUAACGUGGCGAUUGUCAAUGAAAAAGAGAGCACAAUACAACUUUGUACGAAAACGAUGGCAUGGUUUCAAAAAGCCAUUUUCUUUCUUCUUUUUUGAUUGAUUUUAUUUAGGAUGAUGGAAUACAGAAAAAAUUAUGAAAUUUCUAAAACGGAUAGACAUCUUUGAUGACAAGCAAAAAAAAA